AUGGCCCAAGAAUUCUUCAAGAGACCAGCCAAUUUAUUUAUUCCAGAGGGUCUUGUUUCGAUACAAACUGAUCAAGUGCUUCAUUUGCGAAAUGUAAUGGAAAAUGGAAGUGCACAUAAUGAGAUUGGUGGAAGAGUUUUAUUUGUUGGGGUAAAAGGUUGUAUGGAAGAAAAUUAUCCUGUAAAUGAAGAAUCCUAUGAAGUUAAGAUGGCCAACCAUGGUUGUCUUAAUGGCCCCGAAAAUGGCGGACUUAGGGAGUCAACUAAUGUAAGAGUUACUAACAUUACAAAAGAAUGGUAUUCUGCUUGCUGUUUUCAUUAA